AUGGAGGACGCUCUGACUGAACGCCAGAUUUCUUCCUUCAGACCACUUCACGUCAGUUUCACUGGGGAUAGGGACUUCUUGCAUGUCUAUGGUUACUUCACAGGGUUUGAGAACUCUGAGCUGUUGGCAGCAGCAGUAGAAACAAAUGAAGGGGAUUCAAGCCUUGCCACCGAGUUACAGGAGGAGACAGAGGAGAAUCCUAGUCCAGCUGUGGAUGAGAGUAGUAUAGUGUCAACUAAAAAACAGGGACCAAAUUUACAUAACUGGAGUGGUGACUGGAGCUUUUGGAUUUCAAGUUCAACAUACAAAGAUAAGAAUGAGGAAUACAAAAGACAGUUCACACAUCUACCUGAUACAGAGAAGCUGAUAGCAGAUUAUGCUUGUGCUCUUCAAAGGGACAUUUUGCUUCAGGGACGACUAUACCUUUCAGAAAACUGGCUGUGUUUCUAUAGCAACAUCUUCAGAUGGGAAACUACAAUUUCUAUUGCUUUGAAGAAUAUAACCUUUAUGACCAAGGAGAAAACUGCUCGACUGAUCCCAAACGCUAUCCAGAUCAUUACAGAUGGUGAAAAGUUUUUCUUUACAUCUUUUGGUGCCAGGGACAGAAGUUACCUCAGUAUAUUUAGGUUGUGGCAGAACGUUUUAUUAGAUAAGAGUCUGACCCGACAAGAAUUCUGGCAACUUCUCCAGCAGAACUAUGGCACUGAGCUAGGUUUAAAUGCUGAAGAGAUGGAAAACUUGUCACUGUCGAUUGAAGAUAAUGUGCAGCCAAGCAGUCCCAGAAGAAGUGGUGUGGAUGAUUCUGGGGAAAGAGAUGAAAAAUUAUCCAAGUCUAUCAGUUUUACCCGUGAAUCAAUUCAUCAAGUUUCAGAAACAGAGUCAUUGGAUGGAAAUUCAUCAAAAGGAGCAUUAGGGAAAGAGGAGCCUGAAAGUGAGAAACAGAUCCAAAAGAGUCCUUUACUAACUUCAGAAAAGAGGUUAAAUAGAAUGCCAUCAAAAUCGCUGUAUUUGAACAAAAAUGAAUAUCUUUCUCUGGAAAAAAGCAGCACUUCAGAUUCUGUUGAUGAAGAAGAUUUUCCUGAGAAAGAUCUUCGAGGAAGACUUUAUAUCAAUCGAGUUUUUCAUAUCAGUGCUGAGAGGAUGUUUGAAUUGCUCUUCACUAGUUCACGCUUUAUGCAGAGAUUUUCCAGUUCUAGAAAUAUAAUAGAUGUAGUGUCUACUCCUUGGACUGUAGAAUCUGGAGGUGAUCAACUGAGAAACAUGACCUACACUAUAGUCCUUAAUAAUCCACUUACUAGAAAGUGCACUGCUGCCACUGAAAAGCAGACACUGUAUAAAGAAAGUCGAGAAGCACAAUUUUAUUUAAUAGAUUCAGAAGUACUGACACAUGAUGUCCCCUACCAUGAUUACUUCUAUACACUGAACAGAUACUGUAUCAUCCCAUCUUCAAAACAGAAAUGCAGGCUAAGAGUUUCCACAGAUUUGAAAUACAGAAAACAACCAUGGGGACUUGUCAAAUCUUUAAUUGAAAAGAAUUCCUGGAGUUCUUUGGAGCAGUAUUUUAAACAGCUUGAAUCAGAUUUGUUAAUGGAAGAAUCUUCGUUAAAUCAAUCUAUUGAAGACCCUGGAAAACUUAGCUGCCUGCGGAGGAGAAGGCGAACUUUCAACCGAACAGCAGAAACAGUUCCUAACCUUUCUUCUCAGCAUUCUUCUGGAGAUAUGGGCUUAGAGACCAAAGGGGAUGUUACAGGUAGCUGAAAGAAAAUGAACACCUGUAACACUGCUGUUAUUGUGGUGAUGAGUAUUUUUUUGCUGUUGCUAGUUUUGUUGAAUGUGACACUGUUUCUGAAGCUGUCAAAGGUAGAAUAUGCUGCUCAGUCCUUUUACCGUCUCCACCUCCGAGAAGAGAAAUCUUUAAAUUUAGCCUCUGAUAUUGUCUCAAGAACUGAAAACAUUAAAAAGAACAAAGAUCAGGCUCAUCAUUUAAAAGGAGUACUCCAAGAUUCCAUAGUGAUGCUUGAACAGCUGAAGAGCUCACUCAUUAUGCUUCAGAAAACCUUCGAUCUACUAAAUAAGAACAAAACUGGCAUGGCCGUCAAAAGCUAGUGAUCUAUGGAUUGAAACUGUAGAAAUACUUGGAACUAAUAGAAAACCUUAGGAAGAA